AUGGAUCUCCCCGCCUUGGAAAAUGCGGUCUGCAGUCGGGCGACGGACAUGUUUAGCCUGGGCGCAUCGCUUUAUGAAAUCCUCUUCCGAAAGAGGGUCUACGCGAAAUGUCCAAAGGCGAAGUGCCAGCGGGAUAAUCAUACCCGGCAGUGCUUUGUCCCCGCCGCGAAACAGCCGAUUCUGCUUCCCGUCGACGAAGAUUUCACCGCGGCGGAGGGAGGGGGCGGAAUUCCCAUCACAACGGUCUUAAAGAAUCCAAAUCAUCCGUCGCUAUCAAGUCUACAUCACCUCAUCGCGGCAUUGCUGAACCAAAACACCAAAGAACGAAUUACGGCCGCCCAGUGCUGCGAGUUCGUCACCCAGGCCUUUCACUUUACGAAGCGAAAUGGCAACUGA